CGCGUCAUUGCGUUUCGUUUUGCCGCUCGUGGUCUCCAUGUCGGCGCAUUUUUGGGAUUUCGUGUCGUCACAAUAGUUAGCAGAAUCGUCAUCAUGGUGCCCAGUUGCACGGUCGAGCUCAACAAGUUGAUGAACGAAUUAGAAAUAAGCGAAUUAGAGGCUCCAACUGGAGUUAUAAGCGCACAAGCCUACAUGCGACUGUUGGCUAUCUACCUCCAUCGGAAUGAUUUAUGCAACGCAAAGUACCUCUGGAAGCGUAUCCCUCCGGAUGUAAAAGCCGCUCACGAGGAGCUUGGACGGGUAUGGACGGUAGGACAAUGCAUGUGGCAACGCAACUGGCCCGCGGUUCACACAGCCCUAAACGUGGAAUGGAGCGAAGACGUCAAAGAUGUUAUGACAGCCCUCAAAGACAAUGUUCGAGAACGGGUGAUGAGGCUGAUAUCGAAGGCAUACUCCUCCCUGAACCUGACGACCAUGGCAACGAUGAGCGGAAUGUCGUUGGACGAAGCGCGACAGGCCGCUACCGACAGGGGCUGGACUGUUGACGGUACCAUAGUGCAACCACGCAAACAAAUUGAUGAGGAACAGUAUAGCCAAUCGGACAAGAUCUGCCUGACGGAGGAGCAACUGCAGAAGCUCACGCAAUUCGUGUCCUUCCUGGAGAAUUGAGGGAGCUUCGCCGUUUCCCGAUCCUCGACAUGUGAAUUCGGGUUGCCGCGCGGUUUCUAUAUGACGGACUUGAAACUCCUCUCGCAAUCUCACGUCGUAAUCCUAUUAUAUAAAGGAGGAAGUGCGCGCCAAAGGUACAUCAUCGAUGUUCGCGUUCGUAAAAUAAGCAUACCCCGUGAGAGAAAGGGAGAAGGAGAGAGAGAAAGAGAGAGAAAGAGAGAAGGGGGAAAGUGAUAGAGACGGAGAACCUACCCACGCGAUUUGUUCGUUCGAUCGGAAGGAUAAUUCAAUGAAGCUCCUCGCAAGCGUGGAAUCAACAACUAUAUUAAUCGAUAAUCAGCUGUGCGUGCGAGAGGGCGGACUGGCAUUUGCGGAAAGGGAUCCUCCGACAGGAGCACUCCUCUCCUCUUCUCUCCGUCCCGUCGUUCUCCGCCGCUCCUCUCCUACCCGAUGUUGGAUCCCAUGGAAAUAUCGUUCGCAACCGUUCGCAUCGCUGUAAUUAUCAAAGCGGAUCGCCGCAGUAAGAAUCGCGCAGGUAGCCGUUAACGUUCCUCGCGGACGACGACGACGUACCUCUCUCUCUGGCGCGGGUACGCGCGGCGUGCACAUGAUAUAAUGCGUGGACUCUUCGUAGCGUAUUUUCGAGGCGAUUAAAAGAAAAAAAAAAAGGAACGAGGGAAGACGAAAAGGACUGGAACUAUUUCAAGCGGCGUGUUCUGCUGGAUUUUGAUAAAGUGUGUUAUAGCAGCAA